AAAGAAAAACCCACCUUAUCCAUCUCCUCUCAUCUUCGUUUCCUUUCUCCUACUCCACUCUCAAAACCCAACCACAAACCCUCCAAUGUCCUCCUCCUCCCUCCUCCUCCCCUUCUCCUCCCCCACCCAUCUCCUCCUCCACCACCACCGCCGCCCCUUCCAUCGCCCCCUCACCCUCCUCCGCCUCCAUCGCCGCACCCUCGCCCCUCCCCUCUCCUCCUCCUCAUCCUCCUACAAGGUCACGAUCGAGCACGAGGGCUCGGUCCAAACACUAGACGUGGCCCCGGACGAGACGAUCCUGGAGUGGGCGCUCGAGGAGGGCCUCUCCGUGCCCCACGACUGCAAGCUCGGCGUGUGCAUGACGUGCCCCGCGCGCCUCCUCGCCGGCGCCGUCGACCAGAGCGAGGGCAUGCUCUCCGACGACGUCGUCGCCCGCGGCUACGCCCUCCUCUGCGCCUCCUACCCCCGCUCCGAUUGCCGCAUCCGCACCAUCCCCGAGGACGAGCUCCUCUCGCUCCAGCUCGCCACCGCCAACGACUGACAUGGGUACGAAACCCUAAUCCCCCUCUCCUCAGUUUGAAACCAACCCUAAUUUGUUCGAUCCUUUUUCGGGGAUGAUCGAGUUGUUCUUUGCCCUGUAGCAUUAGCAUGGUCAGUAAUGUAGAUCGAUUAGUUUUCCUGCUAUGUGUAUCAUGUUGCUCCGCAUUUCAUUCGAAUAAUAAUAAUUUUUGAGUAUAUAUGUAGCUAUUUGAAUUGGCUACUCUCGAUUGUUGUUGUUGUUGUUGUUGUUGUUGUUGUUGUUUACUGAUCUUGGAAUUGAUUAAUUAGCUACGUGCAUAUGUAAUGUUGCUCUGAGUUCUA